AUGGAUGAGAGAACGAAAAUCGUAGACGUAUGGGCAAAUAAUCUAGAGGAGGAAUUUGAACGAAUCAGGGAUGUAGUCGAAAAUCAUCCCUAUGUUGCUAUCGACACAGAAUUUCCUGGAAUUGUUGCUAGGCCAACAGGAAAUGUAAUAGAUUAUAAUUACCAAACAAUAAAAUGCAAUGUAGAUUUGUUGAAGGUUAUACAAUUAGGAGUUACCUUUUCUAAUGGGAAAGGGGAGCUACCGAAGGUGUCAACAUGGCAGUUCAAUUUUAAGUUUGAUCUAGAAAGUGAUAUGUAUGCUCAGAAUUCUAUAGACUUCCUAAAGGUGAGUGGAAUAAAUUUUGAAAAACAUCAAUCGUUAGGAAUCGAGUUGUUGCAUUUUGGGGAAGUUAUUAUGUCCUCAGGUCUUGUCAUGAAUGAAGACGUCAAAUGGAUAUCUUUUCAUGGUUGCUAUGAUUUUGCCUAUCUGUUAAAAAUACUAACUUGCUGUGCUUUACCUCAUAAUGAAAUUGCCUUUUUUGAUUUACUGAACGAUUUUUUUCCAUCCCUGUACGAUAUAAAGUAUUUGCUGCUAAAUUUGAACAUCAAGCAAUUAAGUAGGACCUACUCGUUGCAAAAAAUUAGCGAAAUUUUAAGUGUGAAGAGGAUAGGAAGACAGCACCAGGCUGGUUCGGACUCCCUCGUGACGUGUAAAACUUUUUUCAAAUUGCUAGAACUGUAUUUCGAUAACAAAAUAGAUGACAAGAAGUAUUCAGGCAUUAUAUACGGCUUGGGGUCCACUAUAAAGAAUUACAAUCCCAAAUUGGAGGAAAACCCCCACAAAUUUCAUAGUGCCAAUCAUUAUGGCAGUGGCUACGUGAAGGGCAAUAAUAAUGCAUCUGGGGCCAGCGGCCACUCCGCCGGUGCGUACGGAUCCGGCUAUGGCGCCAACUACGGUUCCAGUUAUAGCGGAAAUCAUAGUCCCAAUUACAGCGGCAACCGUAGCGGCAGCCACAGUGGCAACCACAGCGACAACAACGACAGCGAGGAGCGAAGCAAAGAAUGCAACCACAUCUACAUGGAGGGAAACAACUCCAUGCUGCACACACACAACAACCACAUGCUCAGUUCCUAUCUCGAAAACAAGGAAUACCAAAUAAGUUUCAGCAAGGACGCGGUCAAAGGCAACGUUAAAAGUGACAUGUUGUACAACCUGUAUGCAGAUAUGAACCAAAAUAACUACAACACCGUUGCGAAUGUAGGGAGUAUGAUCCCGACCAAUAUUAUUGGCCUCUCUUCAUAUGACAACGGCGCUGUGAAUAACCGGGGGUUUUCCAAGUACAGCACCCAUCCACAGUUAAUUAACAUGAGUGCGAUCAAUGCCAAAUCGCUGGGGGUUCUGCGUAAUAGCGACGUAAAUGCAAGCAGCCUUUGUGGUGGCGAAAGUGGAAGUAACAGCGCCAGCGGAAAUACCAGCAGAAAUGGUAGCGGAAAUGGUAGCGGAAGUGGUAGUGGAAGUGGUAACGGAAGUGGUAGUGGAAGUGGUAACGGAAGUGCCAAAAAUAACGGCAAAGGUGGAGGAAAGGGCGACACCAAAGGUGACGGAAAGGGGAACCCCAAAAAUACUAACAAAAAUAAUAACAAAAACAACAGCAAGAAUAACAGUAACGGAGGUGGUAACAGUAAUGGUAGCAGCAAGAACGGAAGCAACAGCUGCGGCAAUAACGGAGGCAAUAAUGGGGGAAAUAACGGAGGUAGCAGUGGUGGCAACAGUGGCGGGAACGGCACAGGUCAUAGCAGCGGUCAUAGUGGAGGUCACAACAGUGGCCACAAUGGAGGAAACGGAAACGGCCAUACCAACGGCCACAAUGGAGAGAAUGGCAACAACCACGGUAACGCCAAAGGAAACGGCAAAAGCAAAGGUAACAACAACACCAACAGCAACAACAACAAUUCCAGAGAGUUCAUCAGCAGUGCAGGGAAUGCCAACAAGAACAGCAUAGAGAACAGCCCCAAGUCGCUCAAAAAAAUGUUUAAUGAUCUUCCGAAAAGCCCCAGCAACCGUAAUUUGAGCAACGAUUUUAACAUAGGCAGCAGCAGCAGCAGUAGCGAGCAUUUGAAAAGUAUGAACGGAGUACGAGGAACCACGAAUCGCAAUUUUACCAACCCCAAUGGACACGUCAGUAUGAAUACAGCCAACAUGAGCAGUAUGAACGGCAUGAACAGCAGUGUUAAUAUAAGCGGAAAGAGCAGCGUAUGUGGUAAAGGCUCUAUCCCAAGCAAAAGGGGCUUGAUUGGGACAAAUGGUCCAGUAGGCAAAAACAACGUAGCUGGUCUCAGUAUGAACAACUUAAACAACCCUGUGGUACCUCCAAGUGACUUAAAUCUAGGCGCAACUGGAAUAACCCUCGCGAGUAUAAAUAAUGGCAUGGUGCUUAACAGCAUGGUGGUGAAUAAUAUGAGUAUGAACAACUUGAAAAGUAACAGCAGCUUGAAUCGUAACAACAGUUUGAACCGUAACAACAGCUUGAACCGUGUAUCUGUGGUUAAUGUUGGGAAUUUAAAUUUCAAACAAGGCGGAGGCUUCGUUAGCAGCAACAAUAGGAGCGUCAUGAACAGUAGCAGUGUAAGCAGUCUGAACGAGGUCAACGCAAAGCAAAGUGGUUCCGUGCAAAGUGGAUCCAUGCAAAGUCCAAAUAUGUCGGAAGAGACUAUUAUAGAUGCAGUUAAGGGGGAUUACGAGGUGAACAACAACAAUCCCAUGGCACGAAACGGAGUUGGACGAAGCAGUAUCUAUGCUCCCAGUAUGAACUAUGCGAAAGGCGAAGGGAUCGGAGCCCAUAAGAAUAGCGCAAGUGGAAAGAAUAGUUGUAAGAACAACAACAGCUGCAGCAACAGCAUCAACAACAACAGCAACAACAGCAGCAACAGCAGUGGCAUUGAUCCAUUUUCAAAUAGCGUAAAUUUCGGUGCGGCCAACAUCUCGAGCAAUGCAGGCCUCCAAAUGAACAGUAACCUAAGUAGUUUUAAGCUGUAUUCCAUGCCAAACAAAUACAACUCGUUUAGUAGCUAUCCCACAUGUGUAAGCAACCCUAAUGAUACGGGCACUACAGAGGAUUGCGAAAUUGAUGAUGCACUGUUUGACGGGCCGGGCGGCAUCCACGUCGUGGGGAAUGGAAGUAACAACGGCGGUGACAACGGUGGGGCACAUGUGAGCGGAAAAGCCAUUUUGAAUAAAAACGUGAUGAACAAAGUAAACAUGGCGCACAUGAAUUAUGGAAAGAAUAUGACUACGAGUGGUGUAAAUGCGAGUGCCAAUUUUAAGGGGAACCACAAAAAUAAUGUCCUCAUGAACAGCGACAUGCCGAGCGGCCUAAUGCAGAAUGGUAACCUUAUCAGCAAGAAUAAUGAGUUGGGUAGUGGGAAUUUUGACGCUAUGAAUCUCCUAUCGUCAAAUGUGACAAUGCUUAGGGAUGACAUCUGCAAGGACGAGAAAAUGAACAACUUAAAUAAAGCUGCAAUUGCGAGUUUUCCCUUGAAACAUCCGCCGCCACCCCCUCCUCCACCUCCCCCACCAUCUUCAUGCAGUACGACCAGCGUGAUGAGUAGCAUGGGCAACGCCAUGAGUAGCAGUGGAAACCAUAACAACAGUGGAGAAAAGGCUAAAAACAAUUCUUUUAUGAAAAACCUCAGUUCAUCUUCCUCAAACAACAUGGGCAAUGCUUACUUGGGCAACGUGACGCAUCUAAUCAGUGGCAACGAAGCGAAAAAUUGCAACUUGAAUUUGGGCACUACUAGCUACGCAUCGAACCACAUACUGAAGCAUAACAUGAGCUUGAAUAAUUUCGGCAACGUAAGUGGAAGCAACAAAGUGAAUUUUGCCAACAUGGCUAAUCACAACGGUUCCGGAGGCAUCAUUAAGAGUAACUCGCAUGGUUCGGUUGGCGGCAUUGGCGGUGUGGGCCCAUUAGGCACAAACAUCGUUCCCGCAUACAACGCAGCAAACAAAACGCCCCUUGAGAGUAGCGACCCUAGAGCGAACCUUAGCUCUAAAAGAAAGGGCUCGAAUAACUCCAACAAAAAUAACAAAAUUUUUUAUCAGCUGAGCAGCACAGCGAAUGAGAAGAAUAGCAGAAAUAAUGCCAAGGAAGGAAAUGGCAAAAAUGCCGUCAUGUUAGGAACAAGCUCUAUUUGUGAGGGUGCCUAUAAUGCUGAUGGAAGUAUCAUUGCAAAUGGGGGUGCGCUUAGCAGCGCCAAUGGCGUGCACAAUGCGAGCCCGAAAAAUAGCGGAGACCAGACCAAGGGAUGCACCAACACGAAUACCACCAACGGUAGCGGUAAUAAUGGAAAGAACGGAAAGGGUGGGAAAAAUGGCAACAAGAACCACAAACAUAAUAAGAACAAAAAUAAGAGUGCCAAUGGAGGAAACGCCAAUGGAGAAGGCGCCAAUGGUGAAAGCGCCAACGGAGGUAGCGCCACUGGAGGCAGUGCUGGGAACGGUGCUAACGGCAGCAACACGGUCAUCAAAAAAAAAACCAAUGAGAGAAAUGCUACAGAUAAAAUGAACAUGAACAACUUCGAGCAGAAUAAUAACUAUGACUCAGUUACCCAAAGAAAAAAUGGAAACAAAAAUUUUGCCAACAUUGUAAAGGAGGAGGAAGGAGCUAAGUUUGCAAGCGGAAAUCUGCUGCCGAAUGAUGAGAAGAAAAAUGCCCCAAUCGAUAGAAAUGCAUACAAAAGCUUUUUAAAUAAUAUGAAUUAUUUCAAGGCAGACAAUGUGAAGGUGUACAAUAGGGGAGGCAUAGGAGCAGUGGGUGGAGCUGCAGCCGUAGUGGUAGGUUAUGGAAAUAACGCUGAUAAGCAGUUAGGAGUAAAAAAUAACUUCCCCAAUAUCUCCACGUACGAUAGCGAAAGCCUUUUGCAUAGUUUGAGUAGUGUAAAUAUAAAUAACGACAUGAAAACUUCGGACAUUAUGAGCCCGCCGAAUGUGCACAAUUAUGCGAACAGUGGUAACUCAGGAGGAAGCGUCGGGGACGUCGACGAGGAUAUUCAGUACCUUGGAAGCAUGAAGAAUAACAAAGACGGAAAGAACUACACCGAAGUUUCGCAUGGAAAAAUGAAUAACUUCAAUAUGAUGAACAUAAGUAAGAUGAACAGUCCGACUAAUUCGGCAAAGAAUAACGUGGGCCCUUUGAGCGGCGGUUUAAGCGAUGGCCACAGUGGCAAGCACAACAGCAGUAGCACAGCCGAAAACACCCGCGCGAACGGAGGCGGCCUCAACAAUUUUAUUAACAAAAAAAUGAGCAAGGACAACCUAAGCAUGAUAAACCAUGCCAUGAUGAGUAACCUUAACCUGAACAACAUUUAUGCGAAUAGUGACACGAACGCGUUUAGCAAAAUGAAUGUUAACCACAAGGGAGGUAGUGUAAGCAACUCCAAUUUUUACUUUAACGGGGAAGGCGCAACAGGUGUUGUAGCGCGAAACCAGCCAUAUUACAAUUCGUACGCCGAAUCCUUUUCAGACAAAGUAGCCAACAAAUCAUUUAUAGAGAAGAGUGGUAACAUACCGUCUUCCAUUUAUAAUGCUAAGAGGGAGGAACCCAGCAUGAGGAUGUAUAACUACGUUGAUAGUAAUAACUUUUUGGAGAAAAACGCAAUUAUUGCAGACAAGUACGAGUCAAUGGAAUCGCCCCAAGACAACAUGUUUAACUAUGCCAGUUACGAAUUUAAAAAUAAAGAAAGGAAAUUUUUUUACGACGCGUAG